CGUGUACUCAAAACAAGGUUUAGAUCUAAUUAAGGAAACUGACAAGGGCAAUUACCACCCCAUUCAAUCCUUGUCUUGACCUCUUAAGUCUGCUACCGAUAUAUAUUUUUUAAACCCCAGUUUACUGUAAAGAAAAUCUUUUUUUCUCAUUUCAUUUCUUACACUAUUUCUUUCUUUUUUUUUUAUUACCUCCAAAAAAAAGAUGCGACGCAGUAAACAGGGACACGAAAGAAAGAGUAGUCGUAGGCGGUCUUGGUUUAACGGCAAUAAUAUAUUUACCAUGUUUUCUUCUGCUCCCGCUUCACCCGACCAUAAAACGCCUACUUCUUUAGAAGACCCCAGCUCUCUCUUGUCAAGGCAACGAUCCGCUUCAUUGACACCGAUUGAACGCCCCAAAUACAAAUCAGCUUUCUCCACCAUGAUUUCCAAAGCCACCAAAAAACAUCACAAGCGUACCGAAUCCUCUAACCUCACACAAGAUUCGCAAUCGUCUAUUUUUGAUUAUGACUCGUCCAUGCGACGAAGUAGUAGCAAGAGCGAUGCCACCACUGUUUCUGACAUGGACUACCGAAACGAGCCUUCUUAUUUUCAGAAAACACAGCAGAGACAGAUAUUGAAAUCCGAUGAGGAGGAAGCCGACCGCAUUCAAUUGAAGAACGAUUUAGUAAAACUAGCCUUUGAAGGUGAAUUUUCAUUACCGUUUGAUUACAAGGACCUUCAAUCAGGAAGAAUAUUGGAUGUAGGCUGUGGACCGGGUUCUUGGUGCAUUGACCUUUCCCAAAAAUACCCCAGAAUUGAGGUGAUUGGCGUAGACAGCGAUGAUAUGUUUCCCGCACCUCGUAAUUUACCCAACAAUUGUCAAUUACUUGUCUGCAACGUCUUGAACGGUCUCAAAGAGUUUCCAGACGCUAGUUUUGACGUGAUUCAUAUUCGUUUCAUGGUCCUUUCUCUCAAUGCACAAGAAUAUCCUCAAGUCGUCAAAGAUUGCUGGCGGCUAUUAAAACCAGGCGGUUAUAUCGAAAUGCUUGAAACCGACCUAACAGUGUAUUCACCUGGUCCAGUCACACACAGGCUAAACAGUCAGAUGAUUGAAGUGGCAGUGAGUAGGGGAUUAUCGCCUAAAGAACAAGCGAAUGAACUAAGCACGUUGAUCCCAGCGGAAGCGAUCAAUCGUCAAGUGAAAUACCGUUCAAUACCGAUUGGUACAUGGGGAGGACGUAUUGGAGUUUUAUGUCGCGACGACAUGAUUAAUAUGCUGACUAAAUUUCAGCCAGCGGUGGAUGCGUAUUUUGACAAGACAAAGCAUCAAGACGACGAAAGUACCCAAAAAGCCUUUGAGAUGGAAAUUGCUACCAUCUUGAAGGAAAUGGAGCAAUAUAAGAGUUUCAGUAAUUACUACUUUUAUACUGCUCAAAAGCCAUAUAAUACACCACCUACAUUUACAUCAGCACCACCACCAACACCACCAGCUAUCUUGCAAAGAUCUACUACUACCUUAUCUGUUAAUCCAAAAUCAUUCUAAUCCCUUUUUCUUCUUAUUUACCCUUUUUUAAUACAUAUUACCUUUUUGUUGUUUAUCUCAUACGUCAUUUUUUAUUUAUUUAUGCGAGAUUGAAUUGAAACCAUCAUCAUUGGCUGAUGUCAUGAACCAUGGUUACACAAACACUGUUGAAAUUUAUAUAGCGGGCUCAAAAAAAAAAAAUUCACUCUUCUUUUUCUUC